AUGGCAUCUAAAGGUGCUCCUACGCGCAAUAAUCCUUCGGGCAAACCCGGUUCAGCCGCUGGUCUUCCAAACCAAACCCUCUAUUGUACCAAUCUUCCGGAUAAGCUUCCCAAAUAUGACCUACGUCUCUCGCUCUAUAUGCUUUUUUCCACCUAUGGUACAGUUCUAGAUGUUGUGGCUAUGAAAACAAAAAAGAUGCGUGGUCAAGCCCAUAUUGUAUUCAAAGACGUCCAAGCGAGUACUCAAGCAAUGCGCGCUCUCCAGGGGUUUGAAUUCUUUGGGAAGCAAAUGAAACUUGUCUAUGCUAAAGGUACAUCGGAUGUGAUUGCUAGGCUCCGUGGGGCCUACAAUGUGUCGACAACUGUUUCUGCACCAGCUGGAGGUGCCUCAACGGAUCUUCAAAAGUCCAUCUUCAGCGGACCUCCUGGUUCAACCGCAUUACCCUCAAGACCCACUGAAAUGAAUGGGGAGGCGGCAUCUCAGGGAGUCAAACGACCCCGUGAGGAGGAAAGUGAUGAAGGAGAAGCCCCAAUGGAUGAGGAAAGCGAUGUGCCCAUGGAAGAUUCGUCGGACGAGGAUUAA